AUGGCGGGCUACGACAAUGAUACCACUGAUUCCUACGACGCGAGAAAGCGCAAGAGAUCGCAAUCACCACCCAGGAAGGGCAAGAGACGUGAUGAAGAAACCGAUCAACUUCCCCAACCAUACAAUGCGAAAGAACUUCAAGCAGCAAAGCGGCGGGCGGUAUCUCCUUCCGAACAACCGCGAAAGCAAAAGAGACCUGGCGCACGCGCUCGCAUCUCUGAAACCGAGCGAGAGGCAAUUCGCCAGCGAGCCCUAGACCGCGAGAGGGCCUUGGAGGCCGCAGCACACGCAGAAACUGAGCGCCAGCGCAACAUUAACGAUGUUGUCACACAGCACUACAACAGUGUCCCUGAACGCGGCAGGGAUUGGAGGCGCACCGACAGCAAGAUUAAGGGGCUCCGAGCAUUCAACAACUGGAUCAAGAGCUGUAUUAUCCAAAAAUUCUCACCAGAUGAGGACUAUUCUCCUAGUUCCCGUGAGCAGGGCUCAUCCACAGGCAAGGAGCUUCUUGUGCUUGACAUUGGUUGCGGAAAAGGUGGUGAUCUGGGCAAGUGGCAGCAAGCACCACAGCCUGUAGAGCUUUACGUCGGCCUAGACCCCGCAGAUGUCAGCAUCGACCAGGCAAGAGAACGUUAUCGUCAGAUGGGCAGUCGCGGGGGUGGUGGAAGAGGUGGGCGAGGCGGGUACAGGCGACCUGCUCCCCGCCUAUUUGAAGCGCGCUUCCAGGUCAAGGACUGCUAUGGCGAGUCCAUUGAGGACAUUGAAAUUGUGCGACAAGUUGGAUUUGAUACCAAUCCUCUCAGUCGCCGAGGUUUUGAUGUGGUAAGCAUGAUGUUUUGCAUGCACUACGCUUUCGAGACGGAACAGAAAGCUCGGAUGAUGCUUCGUAAUGUGGCUGGCUCACUGAAAAAAGGUGGCCGGUUGAUUGGGUGCAUUCCCAACUCUGACGUCUUGGGAGAGCGCGUCAGAGAGUUCAAUAAGAAGAUGGAGGAGAAGAAACAGAAGGCUGCCGAGGAACCGCCUCCGGAGACCGAAGAGGGCGAACUAGAAGACGGCGAAGCAGAGCAGUCAGCGGAGUGGGGUAACUCCAUUUACCGGGUCCGCUUCCCCGGUAAGACCCCUGAAGAUGGUGUGUUUCGUCCUGCCUUCGGUUGGAAAUACAACUUCUUCUUGGAUGAAGCUGUCGAGGAGGUUCCUGAAUAUGUAGUGCCAUGGGAAGUUCUUAGAGCCCUUGCCGAAGACUACAAUCUUGAGUUGCAGUAUCACAAAACAUUCUCGGAGAUCUGGGAAUCGGAGAAAGAUGAUGAGGUCCUUGGUCCUCUGAGCGAACGAAUGGGUGUGCGGGAGCGCGGUGGGGGAAGACUAUUGGUUUCACCAGAAGAAAUGGAGGCGGCAAGCUUCUAUACUGCUUUCUGUUUCUACAAGGUCUAG